GUGAGAAGGAAAAAGGAAAAGCAAUGGAGCGAAGGCGGUGUGGCACUGCGGUCAUUCAAAAGCGGUGGGAAAACCUGGUGAAAAGACGCAUACAUUUUCUCUUUUUCUUUUCCUUUUCUUUCUCUUCCUUUUUAUUCAAUAUGGCUACUCUUGAAUAUACUCCUCUAUCAGAUAUUCCUGGUAUUAUCAAUGAUGUGAAACAAACCUUUAGAACAGGUUUGACCAAGGAUCUUGCGUUUAGAAAGAAACAGUUGAAACAAUUGAUACGUUAUUUUGAAGAAAACGAAGCAGAAAUUGAAAAGGUGGUAUGGUCUGACUUGAAAAAACAUCGUAUGGAAGUUCUUGCUGAAACUGCACCUGUUGUUAAUGAAUGCAAGUAUAUGUUGGACAACUUGGAUCGAUUGGCGAAACCUACUUCUCCAAAAAAAGUAUAUUGGAUCAAUGCUAUGGAUACUACCUUUGUGCGAAAGGAACCUAAAGGUGUUGUUUUAGUUUUAGGCGCUUGGAAUUAUCCAAUCCAUCUUGCACUUAUGCCCGUAGUAGGUGCCAUUGCUGCUGGUAACUGCGUGAUUUUGAAGCCUUCCGAAAUAUCAUCCCAUACCGCCAAUUUUAUGGCCAAAACGAUUACAAGUUAUUUGGACCAACGAUUUUUCAAAGUGAUCAAUGGGGCUGUACAAGAAACAAGUGCCAUACUGAAUCAUCCUUUUGAUCAUAUCUUUUAUACUGGUGGUGGAACAGUUGGAACUAUUGUGAUGGAAAAAGCUGCCAAGUUUUUGACGCCAGUAACUUUGGAACUAGGAGGCAAAUCACCUACUUAUGUUACUCCUGAAUCUGUGAACCAAGUAACAGCCAAUCGGAUUGUGUGGGGCAAGUUUUACAAUAACGGACAGACAUGUGUUGCUCCAGAUUAUGUACUUGUACACCGAGAUCAUGCAGAGAAGAUGGUCAGUGCAUUACAAAAGAGUAUUCGUGACUUUUAUGGACUGUAUGCUGAAAAAAGUAACUCUUAUGGUCGUAUUAUCAAUCAACGUCAAUUUGAUCGAUUGGUUUCUUUGUUGAAUGGAGUGCCUUCUGAAACGAUAGUGUUAGGUGGUUAUUCUCAUCAGGAUGAUUUAUUUAUUGCACCAACAAUUGUAUAUCCCGCUCCUGCUCGUGGUGUUGCUUUGAUGAAUGACGAAAUCUUUGGUCCUAUCUUACCAGUGGUACCUGUAGACAAUGUGGAUGAAGCGAUUGAAAUUAUUAAUCAAAAACCCCAGCCUUUGGUUACCUACAUCUUUAGCGAUAACAAGACAGAAAUCAACAAAGUACUCGAUCAAACUUCUUCUGGUGGUGUAUUAGUCAAUGAUACUCUAAUGCAUGUAGUGGAAACCUCAUUGCCAUUUGGUGGUAUCGGUGGAUCGGGUAUGGGUAACUAUCAUGGAGAUCGAUCUUUCACUACUUUCUCUCAUGAACGCAGUACCAUGAUCAAGAGUACAGCUUUGGAACCAGUGAUAGGUGCAAGAUAUCCUCCUUAUAAUGAUGAUAAAUACAAUCUUUUUAGCGUCCUUAUCAAUGGUUUGCCUGCUAGUAUCGGUGCCAAGUUACAAACAAUCAAAACUGUCUUGGGUUCAAGCUAUCGAGUUCUCUUUUCCUCUUCUCCUGCUCCUGAUUCGGAUAUACUGUAGACAUCGUCAUCAUCGUAGUAUUAGUAGUAUUAGUAGUAUUAUUAAUGGUCAUUUUAUUAUGUACAAAAGAUAUAUCAAAAAAAAAAAUAAAGAAUGCUAACUAUAUUCUAAUCCUAUUUAUAUGUCAAUGUUAAUCAUUUCAAAGUAUAAAUUUUCUUGUUGCUUGUCCAAACGAAACCAUCCUAUCCUACUGAUUCCUUGGUUGAUUGUCUGAAGUAUUAUCGAAUCCAAUUCCGUUUCGUUUUUCUAUGUUCGUCCCUUUCCUUUGUGAUUCGUAGUAUUGACAGUUACUUGAUUUUCCGCUAUCUUGCCAUUAUCAUCAUCA